AUGUCGCCAUCAUCAUCACAUGCUCUACCACCUGAGCUACACGUGCUCCUCAGGCGGGGUCAGCAUGAGUCACUGCCUCAUCUGCGGCCUCAAAAGCCAUACUCACCCGACCUGAGGCCAGCCAUCUCUUCGCUCGACGCACCCAUCCCUGUGCGCGGCAUUCUCCACCUGCUCAACGACGACAUCGAUGCGGCACAUACACUUGUCCAGGACGAUGACAGCAAUCGCGACUCGAACCUCCUCCAUUCCAUCCUGCACCGCCGCGAGGGCGACUUCUGGAACUCGAAAUGGUGGCUCAACCAGUUUUCCCAUCCGUUCCUCGGCCAGCUGUACGCCGAGAAGAAGCUCGACGGCAAAGUUGGCGCAAAGCAGUUUGUCGACAUGGUAGAGAGAGUCACUUCCAAGGGCGCCACGACAGCGUGUGCGGCUCAAAGGGAUGUCAAGGAGGCAAAGGAGUGGCAGUGGAAAGAGCACAAGGCGUUGGCCGAGUACUUGUUCAGCGAGUAUCGUGUUGCAACGACAUGA